AUGACUCAAGACAGUUCUCCCUCGGCAGAUAAAACAACUCCCAUUAGACAAUCACCUUUUAUUAUUGGUGUAGCUGGCGGAUCAGCUAGUGGAAAGAAAACCGUCUGUAAUAUGAUCAUGGACCGACUUCGUAAACAGGCUAAAACCUUACGCAAUGUUGUUGUUAUUAGUCUUGGAGACUUUUAUCGUAUACUAACUGACGAAGAGAGAUCGCUAGCCGAGAAGGCAGAAUUCGACUUUGACCAUCCAUCGGCUUUUGAUUUUGAUCUAGUAGAGCAAGUUUUAAGCGACCUGAAAGUAGGGAAACCAGCUGUACUUCCAUCUUAUGAUUAUAAAACACGCACAAGGUCGGCUUCAUUGCUCAACGAGGCAAGCAAACCACAUACAGACAAUAGACUUACUACUGAAUGUGCAAUGCUUACAUUCUAUGUUCUUCUUUCUUCAGUCAUCCAAGAUACAGAACAAAGAUAUAAUUUCUCUCUCGACCAGGUCCUAAAUCAUUACCUUAAUUACGUCAAACCAGCUUAUGAGGAUUUUGUCUUACCGACGAAAAAAACGGCAGAUGUUAUAAUCCCAAGAGGAGCUAAUAACAUUCCAGCUAUAGGUCUUAUAACUUCGCACAUUGAAGAUCUAUUAAAAGGGCGCGCAGAGAAGUCUAAACUUAGAUUGAGCACUGCUCCUAGUGAUUUACGUACGAAGGAUGAUGAGCUGCGUAUCCCAACUCCAAGUUCUGCACUCGAGGCAGAGAACAUGUUCGUCUCCGUUCCGCGUUAG